AGCAGCACUACUGUGCUUGAUUGGUACAGUACACCUAGCUAGCUCACUGUUGCCUUCAUUUGGUUGAACACAUUUUACCUGCUGCUUGCUGUGCUGUGAAUAUUAAUUGUGUUGCAUGAUCUGAUGCUCUCAAUUACACUAUCUUCACCAUGUAGAAAGGAUUCUUCACUAGAAGUCAUGUUCCAAGACACAAUCAAUAGGACCCAAGCCUGCCAUGUGACUAAGUACUCUCCAUCCUCUCUCUGAAUGGUAUUGGAUUUUAAUUAACCAGUGGAACCCUUUGUGACAUCUUACUGCAGGAUAACCCAAGGAAAUUGAAGAGAGAUGGUCUUUCCCAGUAAGCGGUGGUGACCGAGGAGCACGAUGACGGGCCUCCCAGCCCAGACUGACACACAGGAGGAGCUGGCACGAGGACCACAGCAACCCCAGAGUUCCCAGCAGGAUGGGCGGGGCCAGUGGUGGGACCAGCUCAGAAAGACCUUGCUGACAGUGGGCUACAGUGUCAGCUUCUGUCUGGUCUCACAAAUACUGGGUGUGUGGAUGUUGUACAUGUGCAAUGGCCACGGAGCAUUCUCGGCAGCACACAAAGUCUUGGAUCUUCUGCAGUACCUGGUCUCACCAGCAGAGGUACAUUCUUUAGGGCAGGAGGAGAACUCCCCACACUUACAGAAGGAACUGUGGAAAAUGGAGAGCUUGAGCCCUCUGCUGGCCACAGUUUUUCUAGGUGUAGUGAUCAUCGGCAUUGGGAUUCUAUACUGCUUAAAAACACUUUCUCCCAGCCCUGCGCAUCCUUAUCCUGAAGACAGGCGUCAGUCUAUGAGCCGUCAGCCUUCCUUCACCUACUCGGAGUGGACUGACGUCAAGCAGGAUCAUUUCUUCGACAUGGACCCAGUGCCAGAGACACCUGUGUUUGACUACUGCAUGGACAUGAAGCCUGAGGCUGACCCAGUCACACUCACUGUCCAACCAGUGGGGCUCCAAGAAAGGAGGGGUUCAAACGUGUCCCUCACUCUGGAUAUGUGCACCCCCGGCUCCACCGAGCCCUAUGGCUCUGUACUGUCUCCCCGAGAGCAGUGUGCCCGGGAAUACCUCCAGAAAGCCUCCAACGUGCUGAGCACCAGGGAGCUGCACGAGAGAGCCAUGGACUCCUUCACACUGCAGGCUGAGUUCUUUGAAACCCCAAUGAACUUUGUUGAUCCAAAGGAAUACAGCUUUCCAGGUAUAGUGAGGAAGAACCGAUACAAAACCAUUCUCCCAAAUACUCAUAGCAGAGUGUGCCUUAUAUCCACGGAUGAAGACGAUUUCCUCAGUACAUAUAUCAAUGCUAAUUAUAUAAGGGGCUAUGGAGAAGAGGAGAAGGUGUAUAUUGCUACUCAGGGACCCACGGUAAACACUGUUAGCGACUUCUGGAGAAUGGUGUGGCAGGAGCGAUCGCCUAUCAUCGUCAUAAUAACAAACAUCAACGAAAUAAACGAGAAAUGCACGGUGUACUGGCCUGAAGAGAAGGUGACCUACGAAGGGAUAGAGAUAAUCGUAAACCAGGUCAUACAAGCAGACGACUACAGUCUUAGGCAUAUUACUCUUAAGUUUGAAGGAGAGGAGAGGUGCCUACGACACUAUUGGUACACAUCCUGGCCAGACCAGAAGACCCCAGACAAGGCCCCUCCUUUGCUGGAGUUAGUGCAGGAUGUGGAGGAGGCACGGCAACAGGCCCCAGAGGGUAGCGGACCAGUCAUUGUCCAUUGCAGUGCAGGGAUUGGACGAACAGGCUGCUUCAUUGCCACCACUAUUGGCUGUAAACAGUUAAAGAACGAGGGGGUCGUGGACAUUCUUAGGAUCACCUGCCAGUUGCGUUUGAACAGAGGAGGGAUGAUCCAGACCUCUGAACAAUACCAGUUUGUCCAUCACGUCCUGAGUCUCUAUGAGAAGCAGCUCUCUCUCCCGGUCGAAGAAUAAAUAACACUCUAACAGCUUACAGCUCCACAAAUAGGACUCAGAUACAGCCAUCAUCUGCCUGCCAACCUUUGAUAACCAUGGUAACCCAGAGAGGGGGUGGGCCCGGAAUCAAGCCUGCUUUCACACUAACAUCUGCUUCACAGUGUGUUCAUUUAGACGUGUUCAUUGUUGUAUUGGAAGCCCUGCCUAUAAGGUAUGAAGGACUAUAUGGUUAUCAGAACUCCAACUAGAGAUGGACAAGUCUUGGAUUCGAGCAACAACAUAUGAUCUCUGAUAAUCACCUAAUGAACAGUAGUUCAAGUUUCUACAAUGAUUUGUUCAAGUAUAGAAUCUAAGGAACUUGCUCUCAUUAGUUACAUGAUGUAGCUUUUCCUGUUUCUUUUAUGGGAACAUUAUCCAAACUCAGUCCUACUCAACCGAUGAAAUGACUCAUUUCUAGUUACAUAUGUGUGUGUAUUUUAAUAUUUACUGGGAUAGGACUCACAGCUGCUAUGCUGAAGUUGAAUAACUGUUUCCCACAUGUCUCCAGUUACCUUACAAUGAGAUUGAAUAUAUUUUGCAAUGCUCAGAAUACUAAGGGGAUUUGGAAAUGUCUUCUAUCUACAAUGAUGUUUAUAUCCUUCAAAAAGAUGCCACUAGAAGAGGCACAAUCACAGUGUCUAGCCUGGCAUCCUAGAACAAAUGCUUGGUUGAACAUCCACAAGUUGGGAAGCACAGGCUCCUAAAAGGCCCUCUGAUCAUCUGGGGAUCCCGUAGCUCCUCCAGAAAUCAGUGUAAAGGAGUUCAACCCUUUUAUGAAAGACCUUUAAUGGAACUACACCUCUUUGAAGAGCAACAAACACAAGAGGGUUUGUGAACUGUAUCAGAGUUAAGAAAGGCCCUUUCACUGUAAACUUCAAUAUGGCUGGAGUCUCAGGGCCUGUGGUAGUUCAUCACAUAUCUAAAGUCGUUUGGAGAAUGUAUCUUAAGAGUAUUUAAUUUCUGACUUACAACUCAAUGAGUUGUAACUCUAAGGUCCUAAGCCUACAGAUGACGGAUCUCAAGGAAUAGGUUAAUCUAGCACAUGUAUUUUUACACAAUGGCCUUACUCUGUGUCUGUCUGUCUGUCUAGUCCUCUACCAUUAGGCAGCAUAGAGGUUGAGCAAGUAUUAUAGAGACGUAUGGGUCUAUUGAAUGUAUCGAAGCAGUGUAGAUACUAAUUCUUACCCCUUGGAGCUCUAUAGCUACUUGUGCAAGCUGCAGUGGUCAGUUGCUGGUUCACCCUCUUACACUGCACUAUUUAUAUCCACUGCUGAUUAAGAGAAAUUGAUUUCACUCUGUGUUCUCCAGGUUUCUUUUUAUGAACCAGAUUUUCAACAAGCACACAGGCCUCAAUAGGUGAAAAGUGUUAAUAGCAGCUGAAUGUCUAUCCAGUCUCAAACCAGCAACACCACUACAUGUUACUACAUUCUAGGUAUUUAUGCUAUUUUGGCAAUGGAAGCUAUUCGUUUGAUUUUAUUUGUUUACUUCAAAGCAGGAUAAACAGUGGUCAUUUAUCAAAGUUCACGAUUCCUGAUUUUGUGAAACACAAAGACAGAUUUGGCAGGUUCAUUGGGGAAACACUAUAACAUAAUUUGUGUCAAAUAUAUUAUUCUUGAGUUUUGUAAAAAGGUUAGAUUACUGUAUGUAUGUAAUAUGUACAAAAAAACUAACUGUGGUCACCGACAGUUCGAACAAUUCAUUGGCAAAAAUAAAUGGGUGGGAUAAUUUAAUGUCCUUGCCAAAUAAGAUGCAGGUCUGUUCCAUCUCACAAAUUGACACUUGCCAGUUUUAAAGGUGGUUUGUCUGACACUAGAUCACUAGUUUUUAGACUUUCUUACUUGAUAUUUAUAGAAUAGAAUACUAGCUAUAUUUCCAUGCAUAUCCAGGAUGAGAGCUAGGUGGUGUAGUGGGGUUAUACAUUUGAAUUGCAUGCCGUCACCUCUGGAGCUGUGGGUUCUUAUCACAGUGAAAUGAGUUUGAUGGUCUGAACUUUGACCCCAGUGGACACCACCACACAAUUGGCUAUCUCUGCAUGAGAGAUCCCUGGACUGAGUGGCUGGGGUAUCUAGGUCAAGUCAAGGUCUUCAUUGCUAAAAUAAUGUGCUACACAUAAGGUAUGAUGCUAAAUUUAACUUCUCAAGUAAUAACAAAAUAAACAUAUAAAGUUAGCUAAUGUGUUUAGUUGAUGGUGUCUCCAAGUUUAGUUUAAAUGUUUGGGGAAAUAGCUUUAAAUGGAAAGUCCACUAUAAUUAUUUAUUAUUUAUGAAUUGAAUGUAUCGUAUUUAAUUACACUAUUUAGUGUACAAAGCAAGACU